CAAUUUCUAUGAUGUAUUUAAUUGAUUAAUUUUUUUUCUUUCUUUAAAUUAAUAAGAUGUUCCUGUCCUAAAUUAGGAAGUAAUAAUAAAUAUUUUAUUACUCAAAAAACAUCUGCCAUUUAAUAAGAAUAAUCCAAAAUGUAAAUGCUAUAUUUUUUACCUUAAGCUUAUCUGAUCGAUUAGAUCAGCCUUUGUAUCGUUUUUGGAGUAAUUAUCUAUUGAUAGUGAUGAUUUAAACAAAUCGUACAUGCGAAAUGUCUACGCUGAUUUGUAAUGGUGAAGCUGAAACAUAUCCACUUCAUGAAUGCGUUUUCAUUGGAGAUGUUCGAAAGCUGUCUUCGUUACUGAGAUUUAACGAUGUGACGCGAAAAGAUAAACAUGGCAAUACCGCUUUACAUCUAGCAGUAAUGCUAGGUCGUAAAGAUUGUGUACAGUUGUUGCUGGCUCAUGGCGCGCCCGUUAAAGUGAAAAAUCUUGCUGGUUGGUCACCACUUGCAGAAGCCACUAGCUAUGGAGAUCGACAAACGAUUUCGUCUCUUGUUCGUAAACUUAAGCAACAAGCACGAGAACAGAUGGAAUGUAGAAGACCAGAUCUCAUCAGAGCUUUAUCUCAAAUACAGAACUUUUAUAUGGAAUUGAAAUGGGACUUUCAUUCAUGGGUGCCAUUGGUUUCCAGAAUAUUGCCCUCAGAUGUUUGUAAAAUUUAUAAAUCUGGAUCAGGAAUCAGAUUGGAUACAACGUUGGUUGAUUUUACUGACAUGAAGUGGGAGAGGGGUGACAUAUCUUUUAUUUUCCAAGGAGAAAAACCCCCAAGUGAGUCACUAACUGUUCUUGAUAACAAAGUCAAAGUAUAUCAAAAAGUUCGCUAUGAGGAAACUGAAAAUGAGAUUGAAGAUGAGGUGGACAUAAUAAUGUCAAGCGAUAUUUUAGCUGCUCAAAUGUCCACGAAAGGUAUUUCAUUUGCAAGAGCCCAGUCAGGGUGGAUUUUCCGUGAAGACCGUAAAGAAACUGUGGCUGGUCUAUAUAAGAGUGAUAUUUAUACAAUUACAGGUCUUGUAUUGGAGUCACGGAAAAGGAGAGAACAUUUGUCUACUGAUGAUUUGCAAAAGAACAAAGCUAUUAUAGAGAGUUUGACUAAGGGUAACACACAACACUUAGAUACAAAUGGAGAACCUGUGAGGCGAGCUUCUCUGAACCCUCCUCCUGAGAGUGGCAUUGAUUGGGAUACAUACAUAUCAUCUCCUAUUGGUCAAUAUCCUAGCUUGGGGAGAGAGCUUGUGUAUAAGGAAUCAUCUAGAAAUUUUCGAGCUACAAUAGCUAUGAGUGAUGACUUCCCGCUGAGUGUAGACAUGCUCCUGAAUGUACUUGAAGUGAUUGCUCCAUUUAAACACUUUGCCAAAUUACGACAAUUUGUUGCUAUGAAAUUACCCAAAGGGUUUCCAGUGAAAAUAGAUAUCCCAAUUCUUCCAACUGUUACUGCAAAAAUAACAUUUCAAAAAUUUGAUUUUCGUGAUGAUAUACCUGAUGAUUUGUUUGUUAUACCCGAAGACUAUGUUGAAGAUCCGUUACGUUUUCCUGAUUUAUGACGCUUUGAUAUUCUAACAUUGUUUCAAAUUAGUGAAAGACCAAUAUGGAAACGUGAAGUUAAGUGUGGUCGGGUACGGCGUGCCCUUAGUGAUAAGCACUACAGGUCUACACAUGGCCUUCUCACUAUUGAGAUACCAAUGUUAUUUGGCCUUGGUAGUUCUUAUUCAAGUCAUUACAUUCUUUUUGUUGAGUAGAGAAAAAAUAUUAUUGAUUUGUAAAUUUUGUGGUGAAUUGUCAUGUAAUUUAUGUUAAAUAAAUAUUUUUUUCCUUAUUUAUA